AUAGUAAUUUGUAAGUAGCUUACGGGAAUUCACAUAUUAUUAUCGAAUACACAUGUGUAUGAUAUCGAUUGGAACAGAGACAGCUGUUUCCAAAUUGUUAAUUAUUGAAUGUGAAUGGCAAUAUCGUGGUCUGCAACACGUGCGCGUUUGUUAUAUUCCAAGUUCUGUUUUUAAAUCGCAAUUGCUUAAAAUGUCGAUCCGAGAAAAACUUUUGAUGAAAAAAAUUGUCAAGCGCGAGAAAAUGAAGAAGGAGCUCUCGCAGAAAAAGGGCAAACCAAAACAGACAGCGCCUAUACCACCAGCCGUAAAGGCGGGCAAAAACAAGCCGAAAAACCAGAAGCGACCUGUGAACGAUGAAGAAGUAGAUGACUUAGAAGAUGAUUUCCAAAGGCAACCGCAGCCCAAAGGCAAGAAGUCCCGACAGCAGAAAAAGAAGCCACAAAUUGAGGUUGCCAACUCCGAUUCAGAGUCGGAAACAGAAGAAGAAGAGGAUCCGGAAAGCGGGAGUGAACCAGAGGAUGAUGAGGACGACGAGGAAAUAGAUAGUGAAGCUGCAGACUCAGCUGAUUCGGAGGAAGAGGACGAACCUGCGCCGGCCAAGAAAUCCAAGCUACAGCCUAAAGCGGCAAAAAAUACGGCCACAACAAAUGGCAAAGCUACAGAUGACGAUGUGCCAUUCACCGUGGAAUCCUCUUUGGCGGCAUUGGAUUAUCGGGACUCGGAUGAUCGCACCUUUGCCUCACUCAAAGGCGCCGUCUCCGAGGCCACACUGCGGGCUAUUGACGAAAUGGGCUUCUCUGAGAUGACCGAAAUCCAGGCCAAGUCUUUGACACCACUGCUCAAGGGUCGCGAUUUGGUUGGCGCUGCCCAGACCGGCUCAGGCAAAACUCUCGCUUUCCUAAUACCCGCCGUGGAACUGAUCAAUAAGCUCAGGUUUAUGCCACGCAAUGGUACGGGCGUCAUUAUCAUCUCGCCCACACGCGAGUUGUCCAUGCAAACUUUUGGUGUACUCAAAGAGCUGAUGGCACAUCAUCAUCACACCUAUGGCUUAGUCAUGGGUGGCUCCAAUCGUCAAGUGGAGAGCGAGAAGCUGGGCAAAGGCAUCAAUAUUCUGGUUGCUACACCAGGUCGUCUGUUGGAUCAUCUGCAGAACUCCCCGGACUUUCUCUACAAAAACUUGCAAUGUUUAAUUAUUGAUGAGGUGGAUCGGAUACUGGAGAUUGGUUUUGAGGAGGAACUCAAGCAGAUCAUCAAUCUGUUGCCAAAACGCCGUCAGACUAUGUUAUUCUCGGCCACACAGACCGAGCGCAUUGAUGCGCUGUCCAAGUUGGCGCUUAAGAAAGAGCCCAUCUAUGUGGGCGUCCAUGAUAACCAGGAGACGGCUACCGUAGAGGGGCUGGAGCAAGGAUACAUUGUCUGUCCGUCCGAGAAGCGUUUGCUGGUGCUCUUCACGUUCCUUAAAAAGAAUCGCAAGAAGAAGGUCAUGGUCUUUUUCUCCUCAUGCAUGUCGGUCAAGUAUCAUCACGAGCUCUUCAACUACAUCGAUCUGCCGGUCACGUCUAUACAUGGCAAGCAAAAGCAAACGAAACGGACCACAACCUUCUUUCAGUUCUGCAACGCCGAGUCAGGCAUUCUGCUCUGCACGGAUGUGGCGGCGCGUGGUCUAGAUAUACCGCAAGUUGAUUGGAUAGUGCAGUACGAUCCGCCAGAUGAUCCACGCGAGUAUAUUCACCGAGUGGGUCGUACGGCACGCGGCUCUGGCACAUCGGGACAUGCCUUGCUGAUGCUACGACCCGAGGAAUUGGGCUUCUUGCGCUAUCUGAAAGCCGCUAAGGUGCCGCUAAAUGAAUUUGAGUUCUCCUGGCAAAAGAUUGCUGAUAUACAGCUACAGCUGGAGAAGUUGAUAUCGAAAAACUAUUUUCUCAACCAGUCCGCUAAGGAGGCCUUCAAAUCGUACGUGCGCGCCUAUGAUUCGCAUCAGCUGAAACAGAUAUUCAAUGUGAACACGCUGGACUUGCAGGCGGUGUCCAAGAGCUUUGGCUUUCUGGUGCCACCAGUGGUUGACCUCAAAGUAGGCGCUGCCAAACGCGAGCGCCCCGAGAAGCGUGUGGGCGGCGGUGGCUUUGGCUACUAUAAACAAAUGAACGAGAGGGGCGGCGGCCACAAGCAGCGCGUCUUCAAACAGGUCAAUCGUGAUCAGGCCAAGAAGUUUAUGCGUUAAUUCUUUAGCCUUAAGUUUAAAAUCAUGUGCUUUU